AUGACUGACAUACUUAUUGUCCCACGCAAGGAAACGCUGACGAAAACUAGACCAAUGUGCAGGCAUUCUGAGCAUGAGAGACAAAGACACGUACAGAAAAAAACUCAACAAAUAAGAGAAAGACGGCCCGUCACAGUAAUUCAUCACUACUGGAAUGCAAAUAAUUUUUCACGAAAGUACAGACUAGAUGCAGCGUCAAACAAAAGAGGAGAGGUCUAUUGGGUUUAUAAGACAGAGGUCUAUUGGGUUUAUAAGACAGAGGUCUAUUGGGUUUAUAAGACAGAGGUCUAUUGGGUCUAUAAGACAGAGUUCAAUAUUGGCUCCUUCGUUAAAGUUAAGUCCCCGUCAAAGUUGGCCCCCCUCUCGUCAAAGUUAGCCUCCCCGUCAAAGUUGUCUGGAUCCGCCCUUACGUAUGUCUGUCGGAAGUUUGGCUACAAGCUCUCAGAACUGUCCAAUGUUCCACCAGAAGCGUUAUCUGAGUACCUCUUUUCAGCGACUUUUGUUAGAAUAGCAAAAACUGCUACAACUGCUAUGGUUAUGAAUAGGCUAUAUUUGACCACAUCCAUUCCUAUUGGACAUGAUGAUCCGGUCAUAACAUUAAUAAAUUUGAUAAUUUAG